UAGAUGAUAAAUAUACAUCAUUUAAAAGUGAAAAUGAAUCUCUUCGGAUGGAUUCAAUCACUAAUAUGGAACAGAGACUGCUUGUUCUGGAAAACAAAGGAGAUCGACGUUAUACUUCGACUUAUGGGGAGGAUGGAGCCUCAAAAGAUGCCGUAGACGGUUUGAAAACACAAGUAAGACAAUUGGAUAGAAUGACGGGGCUCCAUGAUAUACGUCUAGCGGAAGUUGAUCUCAGAUUGGACUGCAAUGAUAUAACAUCAUAUGAUGGACACAUUAUUUGGAAGAUAACAGGAAUUGAACAAAGGAAACGCGAUGCUGUAAGCAGAAAAACUCUAUCUUUGUACAGUCCUCCGUUCUACACCAGCAAAUAUGGGUACAAAAUGUGUGGUCGCGUCUACCUAAAUGGGGACGGAAUAGGAAAAGGGACGCACGUGUCCCUAUUCUUUGUUUUAAUGAAGGGGGAAUAUGACAAUGUACUCGAGUUCCCAUUCCGUCAGAAAGUCUCAUUUAUGAUUCUUGAUCAGUCUUCCGAGAGGCGUCAUCUCCAGGAUUCCUUCUACCCAGACCCCACUAGUUCCUCAUUCAAGCAACCAACCGCCAAUAUGAAUAUUGCCUCGGGAUGUCCAUUAUUCGUGAGACAAGAUGUCCUAGAG